UACACCUACAUCGUCCUAUCCUUUCGCUAUAUAAACUUACUACAAAAUUCACUUCGACAAUUAAAACAAAAUACCUGUCAAAAUGGAGUACAAAACUAAAGAUACCAGCGUCUUUCCACACAAACCAAAACAAAAGGACACCACUUUGAAUCAAGAACUAGAAUACUGGAUGACUCGACUUCCGGAUGCUUUAAAGAACCUUCCCAUAAUACAUUUGGCGAUACCCGGUUCUCAUAAUACGAUGACUUAUACUAUAAACCGGAAUAACGAUGUGGGGCCCGAUGAGCCGAGAUACAUCAGAGCUCUUGGUCGUUAUUGUUCAUUCGUCUCAAAACCCAUACUUUUUAAUUGGUCUAUUACGCAACAUGAAAACAUCAAGAAUCAGCUCGAUGGUGGAAUUCGAUACCUAGACUUACGUGUAGCGACGAAGCCAACAGAUGGAUAUAUAUAUUUUGUUCAUGGCUUAUACGGAUCAAAAAUAUAUCAACCGCUGCAAGAAAUAGCAGAAUGGCUGUCCUACCACAGUAAUGAGAUCGUGAUCUUAGAUUUUCAACAUUUCUAUUCGUUCUCAGAAAUGAAUCAUCGCCAUCUUAUUGAAACGAUUUUCCAGUUAUUUCGAACAAAAUUAUGCCCGCUAGCUUCCACUUUUGAUCAUAUAACAUUACAUUGGCUUAAUCUGGAAAAGUACCAAGUUGUUAUUAUUUAUAGAAAUGCAUAUGCACAAAAUUACUCAAAUUUGUGGCCAAGUGGUCUGUGGCGUACACCAUGGCCUAACACUGUUCGCGUUAAUGAACUUAUAAAUUUCUUAGAUAUAGAACUAAAAGCACGGUCAUUAGAAAUUGGUUUCAUAUCGCAAUGCGUUCUAACUCCGGAUAUUCCUUACGUAUUAAAACACCUGUGCGGCACAUUACAGAGAAACUUAGUAUCGGUAUGUCAGAAAACAGUUAUUUCCUGGGUAAAUCAAAAACGACCUGGUCAUGGUGGUUUAAACAUCGUUAUAGCUGAUUUUAUAUCUGAUAACAAUUUUUUAUUUUGUAAGACAGUCAUUGAUAAUAAUAAAAAAUUCUUGAAUGCACAAUACUCUAUGUGAA